UGCUUCUCCACCAAGUUCGCUGCAUUAUCUGCCCACCCCCUCAAUCCACCUCCACCCUCUUUCCCAGGUCCCUUGACUCACAGGCUGAUUACUCAGGAAUUGCUCCUAAUCCUGGAAGGAGGAAGCUUCUUGGAAGAAGAUGCUGUUCCCUACCCCUACUAAACUAAGCUUGGACCAUGCUUUUUCCCCUCUCAGCCUGGCAACCUCCCCCACUUCAGUCUCUUCUCUGAGAUGCCUGCCGAACAAGCCCAAGUGCACCCCCUGGUCCAAGCGCUUGUUGACCUUACUGCAGGCGCGGCAGGCGGCGUGGCGUGCGUAGGAAGUGGGCAGCCCUUCGACACCAUCAAGGUGAAGAUGCAAAUCUUCCCAACCAUGUACCGGGGCUUCUUCGACUGUUCGGUCAAGACCUACCAGCAGGAGGGCAUGCGUGGCCUCUACCAAGGCACCACCCCAGCCUUGUUGGCCAACGUCGCUGAGAAUGCUGUGCUCUUUGCUUGCUAUGGGUUUUGCCAGCAGCUGGUGAGGCAACUCUUUGGAUUAGACAACGUCCCGGAACUCAGCGACUUGCACAGUGCAACUGCUGGCUCGUUCUCCUCCAUCUUCUCCUCCAUGGUUCUGUGCCCUACGGAGCUGGUGAAGUGCAGGAUGCAAGCCCUCCACGAGAUGAAGGUCACGGGACAGACAGCUCUAUCAAGGCACAGCUCCACCUGGGCUGUGGUGAAAACCAUCUUGCACUCGGAGGGCCCGCUAGGGUUCUUCCAGGGUCUGACCAGUACAUGGCUCCGGGAAGUGCCUGGGUAUUUCUUCUUCUUUGGGGGUUAUGAAGUCAGCCGAAGUUUCUUCCUCCAGGCUGGGCAGUCAAAGAAGGAGCUGGGUGCCAUCCCUGUGACAGUGAGUGGCGGAAUCGGGGGCGCUGCUUUCUGGCUGGCCGUCUACCCCAUCGAUUCGGUGAAGUCUCGGAUCCAGGUGCUGUCCAUGGCUGGACGCCAAGAUGGCUUCCUGCUCUCCUUCCUGCACAUCCUGCGGACAGAAGGGUUUAUGGCUCUUUACUGCGGACUGAUGCCCACAGUGAUCCGUGCGCUGCCCUCUAACGGCGCCCUGUUCCUUGCCUAUGAAAUGACUCAGAAAAAGCUGACCAGUCUAGCAGAGAGGGCAACCUGAGGUCAGGACUGUGUCUCGGAGAACGAGGGACUCGAAUGCGGGAUGGAGAGAGCUUUGAACUGGACUGCAACAGUCAACUCCUCUCAAUGGGAUCCUGGGAGGAUACACCUGCCCCAAGAGAGAGCGCAGGGCUUCCUGGGUUUCCAGGUGGGGUGGGAGCAGGUGGACGCCUAGGAUAGGUCUUUCUCAGCAGAUGCCCCAAAGCCCUGCAGCGCAACCUGGUGGUUCCUAAAAAAACAUCUUGAGGAAACCAUGUGAUGGGAAUCAAGCAGAAGUAUUGAGAUGUUCUUCUGUAAGGAUGUUGGUCUCUCUGUGUUUUUAAUAAUGCAAUAAAAUUUUAAAUUUCUGCACCAGUCCACAUCCAGUAUGUCCGUGCAACUGGCUGAAGGCAGCACCGUAAGAGACACCCACCC